AUGCACCUGCCCGGCGGCGCCCCCGCCAUGGCCGAGGGCAGCUUCUCGCUCGCCGGCCACCUGCUCCGCGGCCCGGGCGGGAGCGCCUCGCGGCUGCACAGCAUCGAAGCCAUCCUGGGCUUCCCCAAGGACGACGGCAUCCUCGGCGCCUUCCCGGAGGAGCGGGGCGGCCGGGCCGCCAAGGAGCGCGACAGGAGGCCGGGCGUUCGGGCCGCCUGCCCCAGGGCGCCGGGGGAAGGCGCCGAGCCGGGGCCGCCGCCUCCCCCCACCCCCACCCCAGCCUCUCGCCCCUACUGCUCCAAGGACGCCGGGGAGGCGCGGCCGAGCCCCGGGCUGCCCGUCGGGCCUGCGGACGGCGGCGACGCGAAGCUGGCGGACGAGCAGCCCAAGAAGAAGCACCGGCGCAACCGCACCACCUUCACCACGUACCAGCUGCACGAGCUGGAGCGCGCCUUCGAGAAGUCGCACUACCCCGACGUGUACAGCCGCGAGGAGCUGGCCGGGAAGGUCAACCUCCCCGAGGUCCGGGUCCAGGUGUGGUUCCAGAACCGUCGGGCCAAGUGGCGGCGCCAGGAGAAGCUGGAGGUGUCGUCCAUGAAGCCGCAGGACUCGCCCCUCCUCUCCUUCAGUCGCUCCCCGCCCGCCGCGGCGCUGGCGCCCCUCGGGCCGGGCCCGGGGGGCGGCGGGGGGCCCCCGGGGGGCGCGCUGCCGCUGGAGUCGUGGCUCGGGCCGCCGCUGGCCGGCGGGGGCGCCACGGCCCUGCAGAGCCUGCCGGGCUUCGGGCCGCCGGCGCAGAGCCUGCCCGCCAGCUACACGCCGCCGCCGCCGCCCUUCCUGCACUCGCCGCCGCUGGGCCCCGGCCUGCAGCCGCUCGCGCCGCCGCCCGCCUACCCGUGCGGCCCGGGCUUCGGCGACAAGUGCCCGCUGGAGGAGGCCGACCCGCGCGACAGCAGCAUCGCGGCGCUGCGCCUGAAGGCCAAGGAGCACAUCCAGGCCAUCGGGAAGCCCUGGCCGACUCUCUAA